AUGGACGUUCGAGAGCAGGACGAACAAUCACCUGUGCAGGGAGCACCGGUAUCAAAGCCAAAGGCUCGUCCAGAUCACCAAAUGAAGCGUGUUUCAAGAGCAUGUUUGCAUUGUCGACAGCGCAAAUCCAAAUGUGAUCUUCCCGGGGUACCACCAUGCCAGCGAUGUAUUCGUGAUCGUCGAGAAUGUAUCCUGGGUGGUUCGAAUCGCGGAGGCCGUCGCAUUCGAAAGAACAAAAUUAAGAAUUUCACUCCGGAUACAAAAGCAACAACUCAGGAACCGGGCGUACAUUCAACAAGUCCCUCCAACUCAGAAAUCGUUCAACCGGCAUCCAACUCGUAUCCUGGCCCCGUAGUCUUUGUCCCCUCAAACCCUCCCGCUCCAACCGUGGCAACAACGACCUCAGUCUCUGUUGACGAGGAAGAUGCCGCGUCUAUCGGCUCCGUACCGCGGAAUCCCUCUGAUGCAUGGCAGUGUCUGACUGACAUUGCAAAGCGAGGCACCGACGGGCCUAGUCCUGCAACUACCGACUCUGUGCGCACUGGUACAGGCGGAUAUUCCACAUAUAGUGCACUCCAAAAUGGCGAUGUGGCUAGCCUCCAGACGAAAACCGGUAUAAAGGCGUACAGGCUGGUGCAAUCGCGAUCCCUUGAUGCGGGUACCGUUUGGCAGUUGGUUGCUCGCUACGCAGAAAAUUUCCACCCGUACCUCCCCCUGGUCCCUCGAAAAUAUUUCCACCGCGCUGCUCUGGACGCCUUCGCGGAUAAUGAGAAACAUCUGCUCACUGCCGUUAUCACAAUAGCAUCAAAAGACUUAGUUGAGCGACCGGAGAUUCAUGAGUACUGCUCCAAGUAUAUGCAUGAACUGAUUUCCAGUAUUGCUGCCGGGGCUGACUGCGAUGUGGAAGCCGUGGAAGCACUUCUUCUGCUCGCCGAAUGGGAACCACAGGGCUUGCGGCCAAAGAUAGAACGAGUUGGGCGCGGCGAGGAGGACCGUGCUGCCUGGAUGCAUGUCGGGCUUGCCCUGCGCUCAGGUUACUUUUUGGGGCUAGAUAGGACCUCAUUUCGCGGGGAUUCUUCUGGAGAUACAGAGGCAGAAGCACGCAGACGACUCGCUUGGACGAGCUGCUAUAUCUCGGAUCGGCUUAUUUCUGUGAGAAUUGGGCGUGCGUUCUGGUCGCGCGGCCCUGGCCCAAUGACUGGCCUUGUCAGCCAGGAUUUUCCGUCACUUCAGCCUGUCAAAGCGGGGGACGAGGAUUAUGCCCAGAUAUUCCAAGCUACGCUGGACCUCACACAACUUUACGGAAACGUCCACGAUCUUCUUUACUCUGGAAUGCGAACGAGUAAUCAGAUGAUGUUAAUGGGGGAUUACGUGAAAUAUGUAGACGAUUUUCGACUUGCAAUAUUGCGGUGGAAGUCGCGUUGGGGCUCGCUUAAAUGUUCCCCGCCUAUGCAAACUACUUUGCAGUUGUCAUACGAAUAUCUUAGACUCUAUACCAACGCUUUCGCUUUUCAAGCUGCAAUUUCCCAGUCCUUGUCAAAGCAGAAAAACGAUGGCCGCUCCCAGAGGGAGCAUUUACGAGCCACGUUUGACAACGUGGCCUCGAUGCAAGAUGCCCGAUUUAUUAUUGAGUCAUUAGAUGCCGCAAAAGUUUACCUAACCAUACUUGUCGAAACGGCCGAUCCUGAAAAGCACCUCCGUUUUAUGCCACUAAGGUUCUAUCUGUACGGCAUAUACGCCGCAGUUUUUCUCUAUAAGGCGCGAUCAUUUGGUGUCAUGCUCCCUGCAGAGGAGAUGAAUGUCCGCGAACUUGUUACUCGGACCACAGAAGUACUGAAGCGAGCCAGUGCCGGGCCGGAUGAUAUUGGAGCUCGUUAUUCUAGGCUCCUUGAGCUUCUCUGGCGUCCAAAAGCCACCGCUCCAGCUUCGCCGGCAGGGACUCAGCAAAGCAAUGAAAUCGUGAUGCAAAACACGAACCCCCUUUCACAAUGCGUGUCUGGCCAGGACGGCUAUGUGCACUUCAGCCCAGCAAACGAUUUCUCUUGGUUGGAUCUCGAAGCUGUUGGUGACUAUGUCUCAGGAGAUCCUGGCACAUUAUCGUUGGAUGCCUUGCAGAAUCCUGGUUUAUACCAAUCCGGCGCUGAUCGAGAAUGGCAGAUUCCAAUGUGGUCAGGCGAUAUGACGAGCGCUCUUCUAUUCUGA